ACAAGCCUUCAUAACCCAAACCCAUCUCCCUAUUCAUCUUCUACAACGCAAUCUAAGCCUUCAUUAUGGUGGCAGAUUCCUUAGCACUCGUACCUUCAUUAUGGUAGCACGAGUAGCGGCUUCAGUAGCUUAUCCUGGAUACCUCCAGCAGUGGAGGAGGCAAAGCUCCAGUGGUAGCAUCAGUACCGGCCGGCAUAGCUUUUUUCUUAAAAUAAAGAAGGGACUGGUACUGAGCUAGUAGAUACGAUUGAGUCAGUUGUUGAUCCAGAAGCGGUAGAAGUGGUACUGAGCUAGUAUACCUUCCAUAUCAAGAGCUAGAGAACUGCAUGGGAUUAUUGAGGAACUCCGCCCCUUUUCACUGGGCUCUCGUGCCUUUUUUUAAGCAAUGGCGGAUCAUGCAUGUUCUGCUUGAGUAUCCAGAGACCAUGGAGAAAUGAUAUUUUGAAAACCUUGCAGCCAGCGAGAUGAGCACCCUGGUUGUUUUCAUCUUUAAAUGCCGGAAUACACGAUAAAAUCUUAAUUGAUGUUACAUACUUAAAUGUCAUUAUUCUAAAUCAGAACAUUAAUUAAAUAUUAUAUACCAUGUUAAUUCACAAUUUCUUUUUUUUUAAUAUGCUAAUUGCUCCAUUUAUCCUAAAAUAUUUCUCUUUCUUCUUCCUUGCUCCUUUUAGCUGUCUGCUGCUGCUUCUUCCCGUGAUCUUGUCGGUCCCUAACCAAAAAAACCUUUUGCUUGUGAUUUCAAUUCAAUUCAGUUUAUAUAUAUUAGUACUAGUUCAAGGAAGACCUGUAUCCCUUGUGCCAAGAAAAAAAAAACAAAAAAAAAAACAUAAUCAUAAAAGAAAAGGAAAGAUAUUUGAUUGCUUGCCACCUGUUUGUUAAUUUGUUUGGUUAGAAAACCAGCAACAUCGUCGCCCAAAAUAAGAACCUCAAGAAAACGGAGGUCAACGAUGUCUGUGCUAUAAUAAGUAUGGGCGGUGUCUGCUAAUUAUUCCUAAUCCCUUGUAUUUACUUACCGGUUGGAUUUCUCAGUCAUUGCAUGGAUUCGAUUUUCGCUCCUAAAUCAUCGUCUAUUUCCUCAUUAUCAUCGUCAGCUCUCCUUUCACGGUUUCUCGAAGCUUCGAGUUCUAGGAAAUUCUCUUCACUUACUUUCAUUGGUUCCCGUCCCUUUCGACCCUCAUCAUAUUCAACAACAUUCGCCAUGGCAUCCAAUGAUGUCUCCAAGCCCAAGAUAAUCACUGGUGAUUUUGGUUACGUUCUUGAAGACGUUCCUCAUUUCACCGAUUACAUUCCCGAUCUUUCUACUUAUUCCAAUCCUCUACAGGACAAUCCUGCUUUCUGUGUUGUCAAGCAAUAUUUCGUCCAUGUGGAUGAUUCUGUUCCACAAAAGAUUGUGGUUCACAAGGAUAGUCCCAGAGGGAUACAUUUCCGUCGCGCCGGACCCCGUCAAAAGGUCUAUUUUGAUUCCGAUGAAGUUCAUGCUUGCAUCGUCACAUGUGGGGGUCUGUGCCCAGGACUCAACACUGUAAUUAGAGAAAUAGUGUACAGCUUGUACCAUAUGUAUGGUGUGACAACAGUGCUGGGCAUAGAUGGUGGAUACAGGGGUUUCUAUGCUCGAAACACAAUUGCUCUGACGCCUAAGGUCGUGAAUGACAUUCAUAAACGUGGUGGAACCAUCCUUGGGACAUCACGAGGUGGCCAUGAUACUUCAAAAAUUGUUGACAGCAUUCAGGAUCGGGGCAUCAAUCAGGUUUAUAUUAUCGGAGGAGAUGGAACUCAGAAAGGGGCAUCGGUGAUAUUUGAGGAAAUUAGAAGGCGAGGUCUCAAAGUCGUAGUUGCUGGAAUUCCCAAAACCAUUGAUAACGACAUUCCGGUCAUUGACAAGUCCUUCGGCUUUGACACUGCUGUUGAGGAGGCCCAGCGUGCUAUUAAUGCAGCACAUGUCGAGGCUGAAAGUGUAGAGAAUGGUAUUGGUCUUGUGAAGUUGAUGGGCCGCUACAGUGGGUUUAUUGCAAUGUAUGCUACUCUUGCUAGCCGAGAUGUGGAUUGUUGCCUGAUUCCAGAGUCUCCUUUUUAUCUAGACGGGAAAGGUGGGCUUUUUGAAUACAUAGAGAAACAACUGAAAGAAAAUGGGCACAUGGUUAUUGUGAUAGCCGAAGGUGCCGGACAGGAGCUGCUUUCUGAAAGCAUGCAAUCAAGGAACCAACAAGAUGCUUCAGGAAACAAGCUUCUUCAAGAUGUUGGGUUGUGGAUUUCACAGGGAAUCAAGGACUAUUUUUCAAGGCAGAAGACGAUGGCUAUAAACCUUAAAUAUAUAGAUCCUACAUAUAUGAUCCGUGCCGUACCUAGCAAUGCAUCUGACAAUGUGUACUCCACACUUCUGGCUCAAAGUGCUGUGCAUGGAGCAAUGGCUGGUUAUACAGGCUUUACUAGUGGUCUCGUUAAUGGAAGGCAAACAUACAUACCCUUCUAUCGAAUCAUUGAAAAACAGAACAAGGUGGUUAUAACAGAUAGGAUGUGGGCUAGGCUCUUAUCGUCAACAAAUCAGCCAAGCUUUAUGAGUGAUAAAGAUGUCAUUGAAGACAAAACGGAGUGUAUCUCUGGAGAAAAGAAAGAGGAAGACCCAGCAACCCAGUUUUUGGAUAAUGGGAAUCGUGCUGAUGGAGUUCUGGAGAAUAAAGAGGGGGAUGCUAUUGCGCAAGAGAAACGCCGAAAACAGAGUGUGACUCAAAGAUGGUUCAACCACACUGUAUGCUGCUACAAUCCGAACAAAGUUCAUGACUAUUAGCAUUCUAGAAACAACAAUGCUAUGCGUGCGUGGGUUGCAGAAAAUCAAAAUCAAACCCUUAGCUGGUUUCCUAUACUCUGAGUCUUCUUCCUUGUUCCUUUACAAGUAUCAAAUGGUUUGUAAAACGAAGUAACUAUUACCCUGUAUAUAGCAUCAUUUGACAUUGAAUUCUAAGUCUGGAAAAGAUUAUUAAAAACACAUGGUGCCUUUCUUUAAAACCAGAGGCAAUGGUUUUCAAAACGCCUUUUCUUUUCUUCUUU